UCUGAAGCCGGUCUGCAGUUGGCAGUGCGAGUGUACCGGCUGGGUUCGCCACCACAGGCCAGUCUACACAACACUUUCCCGAACCGCGCACGCGCGUACGUUCGCCUGUAUUACAACACUCGGAAACGCUCCGAAAUUACGUGAUUCCAUUUAAAGCCAUUCCCAUUCAAAGUGUAACUACAUAUAAAUUCGACUGAUGUAUGUUAUAUAAAAUGUAUUAAGUAACGGGUAGCUGUCAGUAUCAUCCCGUGGUUGUUUACGUGAGCCUCGUGCUUGACGCACAUUUUUCAGCGGUGACACAAACAGCUGAGCGAAGCGGGAAAUUGGGAGCAAGCGGUACAAAAGCGAAUUACAGGAUAUCGGAUCCACAGAGCAUGCGACGGCUUCACUUGACAGACAGACAUCUUCGCGUGAUGCUGUGGUGCAUUCUACUCGGGUUGCAACCAGCGUUCGCUGGCAUUCUGGACCCCUUCAACUGGGCGCGUUCAGACCGCAUCGAGGUCAACAUUCCCUGGCUACCAUUUGAAAAUGAAACAAGAUGCUAUGACGAACUAGGAUGCCUGAACAUCACUAGAAGCUGGUACCAUCUCAUUCACCGGCCCUUCAACGUGUUCCCGCUGCCACGAGUCGUCAUAAAUACUAGGUUUAUUUUAUAUACAAAAAAGAACCCAACAGAUGGACAAUUGUUGAACGUGAACGUUAACAAAACUAUAGUAAAAUCCAAUUUCAACCCGAAGCGACUGACUAAGAUGAUCAUUCACGGCUUCAUCGACACUCCGCUCUCUAACUGGGUCAGUGAGAUGAAAGAUGAGCUUGUGAAAGCAGGCGAUUUCAAUGUUGUUAUAGUGGACUGGGCUGGCGGCAGUCUACCGUUGUACACACAAGCUACGGCGAAUACUAGGCUAGUGGGACUUGAAGUAGCACAUUUCAUUAAUACUUUACAGAAAGAACAUGGAGUGAAUCCAUUAGAUGUCCACAUUAUAGGUCAUUCCUUAGGUGCCCAUACAGCAGGUUACGCAGGCGAAAGAAUACAGGGCUUAGGAAGAAUUACAGGCCUGGAUCCAGCCGAACCUUACUUCCAAGGAAUGCCGACGCAUGUGCGAUUAGAUCCAAGCGACGCGCAACUUGUCGACGUCAUACACACUGACGGAAAGAGCAUUUUCCUUUUAGAUUUUGUGUUUAUGGCAGGAUAUGGAAUGUCACAACCCGUCGGUCACUUGGAUUUCUACCCGAAUAACGGGAAGGAGCAACCAGGUUGUGACCUCACCGAAGGACCGCUCGUACCUUUGACACUCGUCAAACAAGGACUUGAGGAAGCUUCCAGGGUACUAGUAGCCUGCAACCACGUUAGAGCUAUUAAACUUUUCACAGAAUCUAUCAAUGGAAAGUGUUCCUAUAUAGGACAUCAGUGCCCGUCAUACCAACAUUUUCUAACAGGAAAAUGUUUCCAUUGCGGACACGGUUGCGCAAUAAUGGGAUUCCACGCAGACAGCUCCCCGGGUUUGAUUACGAACAAAAAUAAUCAAUCUGAAAAUGAAGUGUUCCCAUCUGAGGAGCACGAUACCAUUGGUGCUAAAUAUUACCUCAGCACAGGCAAGGACCUGCCUUAUUGUCAACGACAUUACCGUGUAGCUAUUCAGCUGGCAAAUCCUAAAGGAGCAGAAUCGUGGGUGCAGGGUUUCCUCAAAGUAACUUUGAUGUCCGAUAGAGGCGUAAUUAGAGGAAUGGAUUUAACACCAAAUAACUACGUUAAAUUAGAACAUGGCACUACCUACACCAUAGUGGUCACACACCCUAUGGAUUUGGGUGGAAAAGUUAGAAAGGUGGAGUUAUCGUGGGAGUACGACAUGAAUGUACUGGAGCCGCGAUCUCUUUGCAUACUAUGGUGUAAUGACCGAUUGUACGUCAAAUCAGUUCUCGUCGACCAAAUGGAACUGCCAAGCAGAGGGAAAAGAAAUGUCGACUUCAGCACAAAAUUGUGCACACCAAAACGCGAGUUUGCUGAAAUCCCCAACCGGGGCUCUGCCAGUUUCUAUGACAACUGCGGCAGGUAGCUGUGCCAUAAUAACCAGUAGGCUUCCCACUAUAGACUUUGCUGUCUAUUUAUAUAGACUCUGCGAGUAAGCUUUAAAUGAAAAGUGGACGUAGUAGAACGAAAAGCAAACAUUUGUCGAAGUGUAAUUAUACCAGUGAUUGUUUUCAGUGUGCAGUUGUUACAGGGUGAACAUUUACAUGCGUUUAUUUAAAUUAUGAACACUUGUUUUAUUGCAUGUAGGUAGAUUUACAAUAUGAGCUAAAUUGUGUGCAAGUUCAUCAGUUUUCAAAACGUGUUUAAAUAACUUAAGCUCCUGCUAUGCCUUUUCAUUCAUGCUAGGUGAGUACAAACUUGGCUUGUACCUAGAUAGGAGGCUAGUACCUAACAUAUAUGGUUUUACAUAACUAAGGAGACUAACUUAUCAAUUCUGUUGACAAAGAAAAAUUGUAAAUAUUAUAGACGAUAUUACAAAACAUUUUAAAUAAAUCCUCAAGAUUUUAGAUGUUCUUUAAUAAUGUACCUAAGUUUACAUGAUAUUUAUACUUAUUGUUACAAAAUUCUCAGUAACUGACUGAACUUAACUUUGUAUUAAGUAUUAGGUGCCUAGAUAAUAUUAUCGAUUAGUGGAAUACUCAAAGUUUUUGUAAUAAAUUAGUAAAUAAGAAACCUUUGUAAAUACUUAACGUUAUAAUUUUAUAUUUAUGUUUUUGUAAAAAUGGCUGAUAAAUAUACAUACAAAAGAUUCGUCUUUUUUAUAGCAACGAACAAGCACUUUUCAGGCACUUUUUGUUACCAGUGAGGAAAUGAUUAUUGGUGCGUCUGUUUCAUUUAGAAAAUUCACAAAAUCUGUGGAACCAAUUCAUAAGAACGAUAGAAACUUUUUCAUUUAAAAAGAAAUUAACUAACGAAAUAAAUUGUGACCAUAACACAUUUAAUCGACAUUUUCACGUUACCUAUGUAUGUGAGUACCUACCUACAAUUUGCUAAUUAGGUACUUACGUGUAACAAUUACAAAAAUGUUAGUACAACUUAUUUUUACCGUACAUACACCUAUUAUUAGGUAGGUAGGCACUUUGAGCUUAUGAAAUUGGUUCCAAUAUUCUAGUGCCUAGCAAUAAACAUAGCUGGUCCCUACCUACUUAGUGCAUACAACGCUAAAAGUUUUUAAUAAAAGAUUAAGUCUGA